GACUAGAAGCAUGGAAUAAAUGAACCCCCCACCUCCCAUGUCCCCAAAGAGCGUGGUGCGACACUACCACUAAUACUACUACUACUACUACUACGACUACUACCACCACCACUAAUAAUAUUAUUACUACUACUACUACUACUACGCAACACAAGAAGGAAGGGAAUCUCUCAUUACCUCGUUAAGCUUCCUCCUCGUCUUUCUUUUUUUUUUUUCAUUUUUUGUGUGAAUUCUUAGACGUACGUGGCCCGAUCGAUCGAGAUGAGGACGAUCAUGGCGAGGAGCCCCCACGACGCCUCCUUCUCCUUCUCCAAGCGACAUUUCCAGUGGAUCAUCGGGAGGGGCGGCGGCGGCGGCGGCGAGGGGAAGAGGCACGGCGAGGGCGACGACGACGAGGAGGAGGUCCUCGGCGCCUUCUCCUCCGCCUCCUCUUCCUCGGCGUCGCUCCCCGGCGACGCCGACGAAGCCGCGGCGGCGGCGGCGGCUGCGGCGACGGAGAGCGCGGCUCCGGCGAGGAGGAAGGGGUCGUCGUCCUCGGGGACGGGGGCUGGGGCGGUGCGGAGGCUGGGGACGGCGAUAGCGGCGGCGAUCGGGGGCGCGGCGCGGCGGCGCGGCCCGGCGGGGCUGGGGCCGCGGCUCACGGGGACGCUCUUCGGCCCGCGGCGCGGCCACGUGCGGCUGGCGUUCCAGGUCGACCCGCGCGCGUGCCCCGCGCUGCUGAUCGAGCUCGCCACCCCGACCAGCGCGCUCGUGCGCGAGAUGGCGUCGGGGCUCGUCCGCAUCGCCCUCGAGUGCGAGCGCGGCAGCCGCGUCGUCGCCGGCGGGGGCGGGAGCCGNGGCAAGAAGUGCGGGUUCGCGGUGCGGCGCGAGUGCGGGCCCGGGGACUGGCGGGUCCUCAGGGCGGUCGAGCCCGUCUCCACCGGCGCCGGCGUGCUCCCCGGCGACCCCGGCUCGGCCGGAGAGAUGAUGUACAUGCGGGCCCGGUUCGAGCGCGUCGUCGGCUCCAGGGACUCCGAGGCCUUCUACAUGAUGAACCCGGACCACAGCGGCGGACCGGAGCUCAGCAUCUACUUGCUCCGCGUCUGAACCCGAACCCGAACCCGAACCCAUAAACCCGAACCCGAAGGGGUAAUUUCGUAAUUUUGGGCUCAUUUCACUCCCUCUUAUGAUCGAUCUCUUUCUAAUAAGGCGCCGCUGGUUUCGGGUUAAUUAAUCACACUAUUAUCCCACGAUCUCUACUUAAUUUAUCUUUUUUGUUCUCCCUUUAGCCUCUAAUCCCUUAAUUUUUACGAUCAAAUCCCUAAUUCUUAUUAUUUAUCUUAAUUAAGUCUCACGUGCCAAGAUUUGGUGCUGAUGCAGCAAAGUCACUAACAGAGUUUCUUUCUUAGAGAAGGGACUUAAUUAAAAUAAUAAUAAAGUUCGGGGUUGCUUAUUGUGAAAAUGAAAAGAUUGGGGAUUAAAGUGAAAAAAAAAAAAAAUUGGAACAGAGGUUGGGAGUCAAUGGUGUAAAUUAACCCGUGUUUUGUUAGAUAGUUCAGGGACUUUGGGGAAGUUUUUUGGUGUUAUUUUUGGUGAUGCUUAAUGCUUGUUAAUUAGUAGAUUCGGUGAUGUUAGGAUAUAAAUUAAAGCGUGGGAAUUUACGAGGUUGUGAGUGGAUAAUGUUGGGGGGUUGGUUUAUAAAGUAUUUGGAUGUACUGUAUGUAUAGAUUUGCGGUAUAAUUUCAAGUAAAAGGAGGGGUUUCACGUAAUUUAUGCUUUUAUUAU